AUGACGGAUCAGCCCAUAAAAAAGGCAAUGAACAAGCCCGAAGCAGCAGGAAGAAUGGUGCAGUGGGCAAUCGAGCUCAGCCAGUUCGACAUAAAAUACCGUCCAAGGGUGGCGAUAAAAGCACAAGCACUGGCCGAUUUUAUAGCGGAGUUCACCGUCCCUGAAAACAUAGAGAACAUCUGGACGGUUAAUACUGACGGAUCGUCCACUCAACACGGAGGCGGAGCUGGCAUCGUCCUCACUUCUCCCGAAAAGAAUGUCAUCAAGUAUAGGAUCCAACUUAAAUUCCCUGUGACCAAUAAUGAAGCAAAAUAUGAGGCAUUACUGGCAGGAUUGAGAGUAGCUCGAGCACUAGGAGCUAAGAAUGUUGUUCUCAGGAGCGAUUCCCAACUCGUCAUUGGACAAGUAAGGGGGGAGUACGAGGCAAAGGAGGCAAGGAUGCAGAAAUACCUCAAACUGACGAACCAAUUAAUCAGUUCCUUCAAUUACACAGAGUUCGUCCAGAUCCCCAGGGAGCAGAACACAGAAGCUGAUGAGGUGGCCCGAAGUGCCUCAACGGACAGCGGAGGUAAGAGGUCCGAUUGGAAGACGGAAGAACAAAACCAUUCCAGCAUACUGGAACUUCAGAUUUCCUCCGUCCACACAGACCAUGGAUGGACGAGCCCGAUAGUCACAUUCCUUCAAGAGGGACGACUACCGGACGAUCCAGAGGAAGUUAAAAAGGAAGCCAGGUACAUCCUUGAAGAAGUGCAUGGUGGAAUCUGCGGAGACCACACGGGGGCAAAGUCCCUCGCCAGAAAUAUCAUGAGAGCUGGCUACUUUUGGCCAACAAUGCAACGAGACGCAGCUGAUUUCGUGAGGACGUGUGACAGUUGCCAAAGAUAUGGGAAUGUUCAAAGAAUCCCCAGGGAGAAAAUGACCACAAUAUCAUCUCUCUGGCCAUUCGCACAGUUCGGUAUACCCAGGACGAUCAUAUCAGACAACGGUCGUCAAUUUGACAGCCAAAGCUUCAGGUCAUUUUGCUCGAGCUUGGGCAUCAAAAAUAAGUACUCAUCACCAGGUCAUCCUCAGGCCAAUGGACAGACGGAAGUAACCAACCGGACCCUGCUGAAGAUCAUCAAGUCCCGGUUGGUGGGGGCAAAAGGAAUGUGGCCUGAAGAACUGCCAAGCGCCUUAUGGGCGUACAGGACGACAGCGCAGACACCAACUGGAGAAACACCAUUCAGUCUGACAUAUGGCACAGAAGCAGUUAUACCAGUCGAAGUUGGUCUCACAAGCUUAAGGAGGGAAUUUUUUGAUGAACAAACCAAUGAGAACCAAUUGAAGGAAAACUUAGACAACCUAGACGAGAUUAGAGAUCAGGCAGCUGAAAGAAUGGCAAAGUACCAGCAGAAGAUAGCAGAAUACUAUAAUCAAAGAGUGAAGCUAAGAAGAUUCAACAUUGGUGACCUCGUCCUUAGAAAAGUCACUCCUGCGACAAAGGACCCAUCACAUGGCAAAUUGGGACCGUCCUGGGAAGGACCCUACAGAGUCGUCCAUUAUUCGCAUCAGGGCAGCUACCACCUGGAGGAUUUAGAAGGAAAAAGACUACCUCGUCCGUGGAACGUCGAACAUCUAAAGAGGUAUUACGAAAAGGAACCAUAA